UUUUGUGACAGACAGUGCAGGACAAGUCAACGUUUAAACAAUAAACAAUGCGAAACACUCAGUCGGCUUAUUUGAGAGUUCUGGUUCUGUAACUAAUGAAAGACUAGCGAAAAGUUGAGGGGAAGAAGAAGCAAAAGAAGAAGAAAGCAAUGUUAAUCUUGGAGUUUUGAAGGCUUGGUGUUGCAGAAAUCAGAAAUGGAAAACUAUGGAACCGCACUGGAGAAAAACGCCACGGAGCUGACUGUGGUGGAUGUUUACGAUGUCGCAGCGGUCAUUGGUCAUGAGUUUGAGCGGAUCAUUGAUCGAUACGGGUGCGACGCGCUGUUGCGGCUGAUGCCUAAAGUGGUGCGGGUCCUGGAGCUCCUGGAGGUGCUCGUCAGCCGCAGCGCCGCCAACCCAGAGACCGAGGAGCUGCGGCGGGAGCUGGACAGACUGCGGCGCGAACGAAACGACAGAUACGAAAAGGAAAAGAUACACCAACAGGAGCUUGAGUUGGUGGAGGAUGCCUGGAGGGGCGAGGCCCAGGAUCUGCUCUCACAGAUCGCUCAGCUGCAGGCAGAGAACCAGAGGCUCCUAGUGAGGCUCUCCCUCCAAGACUCGCCCAUUACAGGGGAGGAGCUGCAGAAACAUGAGGGGAUGUCUGAGAAAGAGCAACAGGUGAUGAAAAAACUGAAGGACAUGGUAGAUAAACAGAGGGAUGAGAUACGGGCUAAAGACCAUGAACUGUCACUGAGGAAUGAAGAUGUGGAAGCGCUCCAGAUGCAACAGCAUCGACUGAUGAGGAUCAACCAGGACCUUCGCCACAGGAUCGGGACAAUGGAGGCCCAGGGUAAAGCCUUGAUCCAACUGAGGGCUGAGCUGGAAGCUGCGGCUCAGGCGCGUCAACAAGAGCUCAGGGCUUUGCAACUGGAGGUGACUCGGCUACGAAAGGAGCACCAUGGGUGGGAGCAAGAGAGAGAGUUUGCAGAGAAAGAUGAGUCCUUUCCCACCAUGUCUGGGAUUUCAACACCUAAAUCUGCAAAGGCAAUAUCCCUGGUAGAAGCAGCAGCUGACUCCAUCAAGCAAAAUUCAGUUUGGGAGGAAUGUGGAGGAGACUCUGGCUUCUUGCCUAAUUGCUUUGAGUCAGAGAAAAAUCUUCCACUACUCGCAAGUUCAACAAACAGGAAAGAGAGCAAUGAAGAUUGCAGUGAAGACGAAGAAAAGCCAGCACUUUUGUUGGGGGCGGUAAGUGAAGAAGAACCAGAGGAAGAGUCAGACAGACCUCGCUUUACUCUCCAGGAACUGCGAGACGUCCUGCAGGAGCGGAAUGAACUCAAGGCACAGGUCUUCAUGCUACUGGAGGAGUUAGCAUAUUACAAAAGUGAGGAUCUGGAGGACGAGGAUAGCUCAGAUGCUCUUGUUCCAGUCUCUCCGCCACGUGCCGCUACUGCUGAUCAGCCUGAGUCAGGAAUCAGACGCUUGAUUUUCACUGCCAUAAUGCCGAUGGUGGCAGCUGGUUUGAUUCGAGACGACCCCACAUUGCUGCCAAUCAGAAGACUUAUUUCCUUUGUAUGACUGUGAAUUGAAGUUCUUCUCUCUUUGCCUGUCAUUCUCAUUUUUUGCCUUUUUGUUUCAUACUAUAUAUUGUUCACAUGUGCAAAUUCUAAAAAAAUGUUCUGUAUAAUUUUUUAGUCUGUCAUUUUGUUAGCAAAGUUUACUUUCACAUAUGUGCUGUUGCCACAGUCAACAAAAUACAAAAUCUUGACGAAUGAUAGCUUUUAUUUUCCAGUAGUCAUAAGGAAAGGUUAUAAUGCUAUCUGGAUAAUGUAUGAAAUUUCAGAUCCCUGUGAACUUGCAUGAAGUCUCCCGUUCUUAUUGUUACAUUUUAUACAUCUAACCAAAAUAUAAACAGUGUUUGGCCUCACGAAGAUCUUGCAUGGGCUCAUUUCCUGACAAAUAACUUUCAACAUCCAACUUGCUCAAUAAUUCUUUGAUAUCUAGUACAGAAAUAGCACAACUGCACUAUGCGUUGGCCAAUUUGACAUUGGUACCUUCAAUAAUGGAGUAUACUUUUUAGCUGAGUAUAUUUAUUCAGUGACAUUCUUGCCAUAAAAGAUCCUACCAAUAUUAAUCCUGUGUGAUGUUGUUUGCGACUUGACUCUUUAAUUGGUUUUAAUUGUGGCUUUUUUAUUUUUCUGACUGUGUACUGU